AUGUUUUGUUGCUUCUCUCCGGAACCGCAGGACAACCAUGGGGUGCUCUCAGUGGCCGCUGUCGAUGAUGAGCCGAGAGGGGCGCUCUGCCGCGUGGACCCGGAUGAGCCGACAACGAAGGCAGUGUUCUUUUUGGAGGAUGAGGAGAUCACCGAACUCUCGCAAGCCGCCGCAGAGGCACCCAGCAUGGAGUCUGAGGCGAAUUCAAGCCCUGCCGUAGAUCAUUCUUUGAUCACUGAGUUCUCGAAGAGGAUGAAGACGAAGAGCUGCGACUCGCUGAGCUCCGGAGCGUCCUCGCCCUUCAAGUAUGCUCGGGUGAACAGCUCCCACGAGGAUCAGCAUGACUCCCUCGGCUGGGUGAACUACAUCUUGGAGACCACCUGGCCGCACUCCCGCAUGGCCUUCAAUGAGCUCACCAAGCAAAUCGUCUCUCGAGAGGUUUCCGCUGCGGUUAGAUCCAAGAAGCUAAUGGGCUUCAACAUCGACAUCCAAAUCAGCACCGAGUUUGAUAUUGGCUCGAAGCACCCGGUGCUGAAGCACAUCGUGGCCACGCACACGGGCCGAGGCGCUCAGGAAGGCAUUGAGCUCUUGGCGAAUGUGGACAUGGCCGCGGGCGAGGGUUUCCACUUCGAGCUGAAGAUCGCUGGGCGCGUGAGCGGGCUGCCGGUGCACACCUCCGUGGGCCUGUCCAGCUUCACUUUGCAGGGCAACGCCUGCGUGCUCUUGGCUCCUUUGAUCGACUCGGUUCCCGUCUUUGCCGGAGGCAAGAUGUACUUUUUAGACCUGCCGAACCUUCAUGUGGAGUUCUUCGGGAUGCAGUCAGCUGGCAAGCUGCUGGGCCCGAUUUUGGUGGCCGCCGUUCAGUCCACCACCGAGCAGAUCCUCUCCUCCUUCGUGGUGCCAGGCGGCAUCUAUGUGCCCAUCGCCCCGAUCCCUCCCUCGACCUUGCUUCCGAGAUCGCCACGCCGGCGCCGCAUGGUUUCGUGGUGGCCACGGUCUAUGAAGCUCGAGGGGUCUUCGGUGGCGACUGGUCCCUCUUUAGCAAGGAGACCUCCGAUCCUUUGGUGA